GACCUGAGCGCCCUACUCCUAGCGACCGUCGUCGCCUCCUAGAUCCUAUUCCACGGCGCCUCCGGUAACACAUCCGUGUCGCUGGCCGCCGACAUGCUUUUCCUCCUCCUGGUCGUGCUGUACGCAUGGUCCAGGGCCGCACGCCUCCUCAGCCACAAGGCUCCGCACGUGCAAUCAGCUCCGCACGGGCGGAUGAAAUCUCGCCUCCGCGGCUCCAAGGCUUGGCGCUCGGCGAGGGGGACGCGGUGAGGAGGACGGGGAUGGGGUGCCUGUUCGACUGCUUCCGCGCGGCCGGCGGCGAGCCACGCGCCGGCCGCGACCGCGCCCAGCUCGUCUCUUCGUCCGUCAUCCCCAGCCCCAAGGUUGGCGGCGAGAGGAGUGCGCCGCCGUCCAGGAACGCGCUGUCGGCCGUGUUCCUGCGCGAAGAUGAGGGAUCGCAGGCCACGAGCUCGGGGUCAGACCGGGACGCGGGGAGCAAGAGGGUGGAUCCGGAGCUCAUGCACGAGGAGUGGGCAAGGAAGUUAACGGGGUUGAAGACUCCGUGAUUUUCCGCUCGCUCCAAGCGCUGGCCGUUCCUCUUAUCGGGAAUGCUUGCCUAUGCUAUUUAGUUUUGUUUGUUGAAUUAAUCAUAAAUGGUUGAUUUUUUUGUAAUUCAAAGCUGCUGAAUGAUGUAGUUAGUUUUGUUUUAUUGCUGCAUUAGAAUUACAGCAAUCGUCCUAGUAUUGUUUUGUUGUAGACAUGGCAUUGUUAGAACUUCGGAUGCAGAUUUUCAUCACCUAUUUCUGUGUUUUUCCACAAGAAAAUGUAUAUGCAUCGCUUAUUCUAUUUUAAACUUCAUCAUGGUAUGGUCUGUUUCUAUUCUCCUGGCUUGAUUCUGUUGACACUAGCAUGCUCUGUUUGUUUUGGAGCCCAACCAUGGACUGUAUGUACUAAGCUAGCUCAAGCACACACACAACCAACUUGAAUUGCCUCGCUCUGCUGUUACAUUAUAUUACUUGGGUUACUGCAACGCUGCCUACCUGCUACUGCAUUUCAUCAAUUACCAGAAAUUUAGUUGCAUGUCCAACACAACCACAGAAAGAAACACUAGCAGCACUAGUGCCUAUGCUUGAUUUCUGCAGUAAACAUGUUAUCUGAAAUUCUGUAAUGAUGUUAACUGAUGUGAGUUUGUGCACUUGAUGUUUUAUACUUGGAAGACAAAUGAACUUGUUUUGGUUAUAUCUCUCCCUGUUAAUUAUGGGUGAUUUCCUUCUUGCAAAUUAUAUAUGUUCUGUUUUGAGCUAUCUCUCUUCCUGGUAAUAAAAGUAUGUGCAUUGGUAAUAAAAUUAUUUUGUAGACUGCUUUCAAUGUGGGAAGAAGCUUAGAGAACUUCAAUUAAAUAGAAGAAUUAUCCAUGAUUUCAUUGCUGUGAAGGUGAUUGAGUUGGUGUUCUAUACCAGUUCCUUAUUUACUUUGAUGGUUCUUGAUACGUGAACUGUUUCAUAGGGCAUAGUUAUCCAUGUUGCAUUCUAAUUCCUUAUUUGAGUAGAUGCUUCCUGAUUAUCCAUGUUGCAUGUGAAUGGGUUGAGUAGAUAGAAUUGGAAUGAGCAGAUCACUAUAGGACUAAGGAAAAAUCAAAAAGUAUGUGUAGGAAAAUAUCAUCGUUCUUGCUCACUUUGCAAAAAUGACGAGUACUAGAAAUUGCCCCCUUUCACUAAUAUUUGUUGUUUGCUGAUGGUUAUACGUCUUUUGCUUGAUCUAUUAUGAUUCAUGCACACAGGUUGGCUAGAAAUAGCCUUGGUUAUAGAUAUUUUUAUUAUUUUAUUCAUUAAUGUAUGCUGUUAUUAUUUGUAUGUGUGAUGCUUUCAGCUUGUUUUACUGUUUCCUCCUUGAUUGAUCUAUUCAUGUAAUGUUCUGUUCUUGUAGGAAGGCAAGUUGUCGCACCUGGAGAACUUACCCAUCAGAGGGAGCAAUGAAGACUUUGUUAGGAUAGUACCGGAUGUGCUCCUACGUGUUGAACAAUGUUACGUAGUAGUGAGAUAAGGCAAAUUAUGUAGACAUUGUUAGGACAUUGUUAGGACAGUACCAGAUGUACCAAAUCUGCGUGUUGAACAAUUCAUGUGUAAUGAAAUUUUGUAUUCCCUAUGUACAUGUUGCUUUAAUGCCAGAUUGUGAAAAUUACUCAA